AUUGGCACAGAUUAAAAAUACCUUAAUCCGCGACUUUUAAUCCAAGUGGAAAUACCCCCAUAGACCAUCGGAAGCCUACUGUAAUGUUACAGAGUGGGAGUGGGAAGCCUACUAAUUUAAACAAUUUCCUUACACACAGAUAUAGGAAGGAAAGGAAAUAGGGGUCACUGUGUAUUUGAACACUCUUUUGCAGCUUGUUACGCGACCGACUUGCUACGCAAGUGUGGAGAUAUGUCGAAGCCUCAAUAUCGUUUCUUUCGCAAGUCAUUCCACGUUCCUUCAAAGUGGAUGGAAAGCGAGCAGAUUGUGUACCUAGUAAAUCACACGUAUGCGACGGAGGAGUGCAGUAUAGCCUUGCAGAACAUUACUAACAGGCUGAAGGAUCUGGGAUACAUGGAGGACAACGACGCCAUGGUGCACGACUACCUGCUCUUCAUGGUUCAGGACUUACUGGACAAAAACGGCGAGGUGUACAUCACCGAUGACGACAUUCGGGACGAUGGCAGCAUUAGGAAGCUGCUGUGUGGUAUGACACCAGACUUGGUCAUCAAGAAGAACGGGGAUCGUGAGAAGACUGUCAUCCUCGAUGUCUACGUUGGGUCACAGCCGGCGGACGUUAAGAGCAAGUACGAGACGUUGGCUUUCUUCUCGACCCUGUGCGUGGUGACUCCGCACAACUUUCAGCGGCAGCUCCAAGCAGUCUUGCCAGAGUCGGACAUCGACUACCUGUACAAGAAUUUUCAAAUCUUCAUGACCGAGUACAGCUAUUGGCGGGCAUGCAUCAAGCUUCGCACGGUCCUCCUUAACGACGUCGAGUAUGUCCCUCUUCGAGAGUUCCAGUUGGCGCCUGCCGACUUGGCCGAGCAAGAUGUUGCCAAACGACAGUUCAAGACUAACCUUGCUCAGUAUGCAGACAGCGUGGCGAACCAGGCGGACAUCUGA